GCCGUGAAGGUUAAAACCAGACAGAAGCCCUUUCUGUCCUGUUGAGCGCCGAUCAACUGCAUUUAUGAAGAAAUGUCACAAUGCCAGACCUGAUUGGCAGGUCGUCCAGCCUGUCCAGAUUGUCCAGCCUGUCCUGAUCCGCCCUGUCCCGCAGUAAGAUGGACUUCCAGCACCGAGCCGGGGGGAAGACGGGGAGCGGCGGCGUGGCGUCCGCCUCCGAGAGCAACCGCGACCGGAGGGAGCGCCUGCGCCAGCUGGCCCUGGAGACCAUCGACAUCAACAAAGACCCCUACUUCAUGAAGAACCACCUGGGCUCCUACGAGUGCAAGCUGUGUCUGACGCUGCACAACAACGAGGGGAGCUACCUCGCUCACACCCAGGGCAAGAAGCACCAGACCAACCUAGCUCGUCGAGCAGCCAAAGAGGCUAAAGAAGCCCCGGCCCAGCCCGCUCCAGCCAAGGUCAAAGUGGAGGUCAAGAAGUUUGUGAAAAUCGGCCGGCCGGGAUACAAAGUGACCAAGCAGAGGGACCCGGAGACCGGACAGCAGUCUCUACUCUUCCAGAUCGACUACCCCGAGGUGGCGGAGGGAAUCGGACCGCGGCACCGCUUCAUGUCGGCCUACGAGCAGCGCAUCGAGCCGCCGGACCGCCGCUGGCAGUACCUGCUGAUGGCGGCCGAGCCCUACGAGACCAUCGCCUUCAAGGUUCCCAGCAGAGAGAUCGACAAGGCGGAGAACCGCUUCUGGACCCACUGGAACCGAGAGACCAAGCAGUUCUUCCUGCAGUUCCACUUCAAGAUGGAGAAGGCCCUGCCCCCGCCCGGUGGCCCGCCCCCCCCUGUCGGGAUCAAGCGCCCCCCCCCUCUCAUCGCUGGAGUGGGCCCCCGCCCCCCCAGCGACGGCCUGCCCCCUCCCCCGCCCGGCGGAAUGCCCCCCCUGCCCCCGGGGGCCCCCGGAGCCCCCCAGAUGCCCCACCAGAUGGCCCUGCCCCCCAUGCCCAUGAGGCCCCCCCCUCCAGAGGGGCUGGCCAUGCCCAGCAACUGAACUCACCUUCACCUCUUUUUUACUUCCUGGAUCCAGAACUUGACCUUUAACCUUGUCUUUUGUAAUUAAACAGUGAA